AUGCAGGGCGAGCAACGUUUGGCUAGAAUGUCAUCUUCAUCAUCAUCCCCAUCAUUGUAUGAGUCAGAAGAGGAGCUUCAACACAUGCCAUUGGCACCUCCGCCUUGGAAGAACCGCAGAUGCUUGUCGAAACAAUUAUCUAUGUGUGAGACCCCGCGUGACAUUGCGUGGGAGAAGAGACGCCGCCAAAUUAUUAGACAAGAGCGUAAAAAGAAUGGCAUUAAUCAAGAUUCUGAGGACCUCACCGAUGAGGACUUGAACGAGCUCAAAGGAAGCAUAGAGCUCGGGUUUGGAUUCAAUGAAGAAGAUGGUCAGACAUUGUGCAACACUUUGCCUGCUCUCGACCUUUAUUUUGCAGUGAAUCGACAGUUUUCAACGAGUCCUGUCUCAACGCCUGGUGGUUCAUCAUCAUCACUCGAUGUCCGUUCUUCAUCUUUUGAGAGCCCAAAGAGUGAAUCUGACGCAUGGAAGAUCUGCAGUCCAGGGGAUGAUCCUCAACAAGUUAAGACCAAGUUGAGGCAUUGGGCUCAAGCCGUUGCUUGUUCUGUGAUGCAGUCUUUUUGAAGAGUUGGAUGGCCUUGUACAGACAAAGAAUACUAGACUGAGACAGAAAGGAAAAAAAACACAC